AUGCCUCUUUUGCUUCUCUUGUCGUUGGUCUUGCUGGACACGAGAACGCUACCAUCUUCAUCUCUGAUGAUGGCCGAUGCUUUCUCGUCUCCACUCCAGAUGCUGGCCACAUCGGUACCAUCCAAACGAAAACGCAGCAAUUCACAUAGGUCGCCACUUGCCGAGAAAGCGGACCUCAGAAAAUCUGCUUCAAGGCAAAGAAGGGACUCUCAGCAUCAAAACAAGAAUAAUCAAAACAAAAAGGGCUCAUCGUCCUUCCCGUCCAACACCAAUACGAAAACCUCCAAGGAACACCCGAACAAUAAGCAAACACCAAGGAGCCUCGGUGAAGCUGUGCAACAUGCCCAGACCACCCAAGAAUUGCUGGAAGUGGCGUCCCAAUUCUGGUUGCCCACCGAUCCGGAUUUGCCCAGUCACUUACGGACGCAAGCGGUUCAUCACGAGAAACGACAGCGAUGGGGUGCACAGCUCUUGUCCAAACUGGGAGACUCUUGUUUGUAUUCACCAUCAUCACUAUUAUUAGUAUCAUGGCAAGAUUCUAGAUUGACCCGAGGAGUGCUGGCAGCAGCGUUGCCUUUUGAAGCAGACUCCAAACGGACAAUCAGUGACCAGAAAAAGGAGGCACGAACUCUUCGGGAAGCACUGCUGGGAUUGCACACCUUGGUUUCUCAGACCUAUGAAUGCUCCAACAAUGAGCAUAGUCCAAACAACCCAGAUCUACUCAUUGGAAUCAAGCGCUUGCUGGAAAGAGCCGAGUCCUUGGCCGACAUUUACGACUUGAACGAGGCUUUGGAGGUCCGAUGGGCGGCACGAGGGAUCGUAGCUCGCCUCGGCAGUUCUGUGGCACCGUCGGAUCCUGACAUGUCAAUACUCGACAGUAACGACGACGACGACGACAAAACAUGGUAUCUUGCAUCUUGCUUCCCGCAAUUGGAGAGUAGGGUCGAAUCCCUUCCCUUUGAUGUCUUGCCCUUGGGCAUUGACCUUUCAUCGGAUCUGGAUGGGCUACAGUCCAGCGUGGACAAUCAGUAUGACAUGAUAAAUCUUCUCCAGGAAAGCAUUCCGUUCCAAUUUGAUACCAUUGUGACUAGAACCGGAAAUAGUGUCACCGAGCGUAGAGGCACUGCGUGGGUGGCCGAAGAGGGGAUUGGAGCGCUGGCGUAUAGUGGAAAGCUCAUGCCACCCUCACCCGUUCCACCCCUGGUCCGAGACUUUAUGAGACGCAUCGAAACUGCCAUUCAAGCGCCCAUGCCCAAGUUUUUUGAUUGCGCCUUGUGCAACUAUUAUCCGGAUGCCGAUGCGGCCUGCAAAUGGCACACGGACCCAGAACACGGCAAAAUGUGGGAACGACUCUGCUGCGUUGUGGCCAUUGGAAGUCCUCGAAAAUUCGCCUUUCGACCCAUACCGGGCCAUACGAGUUGGAAUGAAUGGGAUGGUCCAGAUAGCAACGAGGACACAAACUGCUGUGCCGCGGCCAUUCGACUAUUUCCUGGUGAUGCCGUCAUUAUGUGGGGCAGCUGCAACGACGAUUUUCACCACGCCGUGUAUCCCGAAAACGAACAACCUCACACAUCUGACCUGCAACGGGUUAGUUUGGUCUUGAAGCGAGCCAUCGUACGGGGUGGGCGUCGUGGACAUGGACUAGAGGGACAUGGUAGAAGAGCAAGACGAAAGAAGAACAUGAAAACAUAA